AUGGGCCCCCCUCUGGAGCCAGGCCUAGAGGUGGAGCUCGAAGGUGAACGUCUGGUGGCUGGGACGCCUCCCUGGAGAGGUUUACGGGCAUGUCCCAUCGGCGAUAAGCCUGCUUCGGUGGAGCUGAGCUGCGGGGCUGGACCCAGUUAUGUAGUCUUGGAGCCGGGGUCCCCCCUCACGCUUGACUGUAACUUAGGGGCCAACGACACACCGUUCAACAUCACCUGGCUGCAUAACAACACGCCCCUUCCCCCAGAGGGAAGCGGCGUGCAGCGGUAUGUCAUUGAUCGGUCCCUCCUUCUGUCGCCUUCCUCUGAGGACGGAGCACCCCUCCAGGCUCUGGAGGGGGGCUACAGCUGCGUGAGUGCCAGCGCACAUGGAGCCCUGACUAGCCGGACGGUACACGUGCUUCUGGCAAGUCUGUCCUCCUUCCGUCAGGAGCCUUCACCUCAGACGGUGCCUGCUGGGGGGGCUGCUCGCUUCGAGUGCCAGAUCGAUGGUGUGCCCACACCUGUAAUUACUUGGGAAAAGGACAAAGUCGCUGUCCCCGAGGACCCAAGCAGGUUAAUUUCCCUUCCUAAUGGCGUGCUCCAGAUUCUGGAAGCUACCACGAAGCAUGAGGGCGCCUACCGCUGUGUUGCAUCCAACUCUGCCGGGAGGGACAUCAGUCACGAGUCCCGGCUCACUGUUACUACAGGCUCUGCAGAAGACCUGAACAGAGUUACGAUUGUGGCACCGCCUCAAAAUGCGACGGUUGUGCUCGGCCGUCCCGCCGUGAUGGAGUGCAUGGCGCAGGGCCAACCCAAGCCGUUGGUGUCCUGGAGCAGACUCGAUGGGAAGCCCAUUUCCACUGACGUUGUUGUCCUCGCCACCAACCUGGUAAUCAGGGACACGAGGCGCCACCAUGGGGGCAUCUAUGUCUGCAGGGCCAACAAGCCUCGCACUAGAGAGUUUGUCACAGCUGCUGCUGAGCUGCACGUGCAUGCCCCUCCAGUUAUUCUUCAGCCCCCAGAGACGGUAUCCCUCUCCAGGGGAAAUACAGCCAGGUUCAUGUGCAACAGCACUGGUGAGCCCACUCCGAUGUUGCGCUGGCUGAAGAACGGCCAACCAAUCCGCUCCUUCCGUCGCACCAAGACCCAAAACCCUGGCGUCCUGCUUAUCAAUCAGCUCGCUCUAGAGGACGCGGGCUACUACCAGUGCAUCGCUGACAACGGCUUGGGUACUGCAUGUGCCACCGCCAAACUCACAGUCAUCGUGAGGGAGGGGCUCCCAAGCCCGCCCCGACGUCUCACCGUCGCCCCUUACUCCAGCACUACUGCCCUUCUCACAUGGGAGAAACCAGAAUACAACUCAGACAAAAUCAUCGGCUACUCAGUGCACUGCCAACGGGCUGCAGAAUCAGAUAACGUGGAAUACCAAUUUGCGAUGAAUAACGACACAACGGAGUAUCAUGUCAAGGAUCUUCUCCCCUACACCGCUUAUACCUUCUUUGUGGUGGCGUACUCUCCCAUGGGAGCCAGUCGUCCGUCUCUGCCCGUUACUGUCGACAUGCUCGAGGAUGUGCCCAGCGUGCCUCCCCAGCUGUCAAUAGCCAGCACAUCACCGACGGACAUCAGGUUAAUGUGGCAUCCGUUGUCCUCGCAGCACAGUCGAGGGACCAUUACCAGCUACCGUAUUGAGUACUGCUCUCUAGAUAACGCAGACACUGUUUUCUCUGUGGAGGUGGCUGGUAAUGAGACCCAGUUCACGCUCAGGGAGCUGCAGCCCAACCAGGCUUACAGAUUGAGGAUAGCAGCUGGAACAGGUGUCGGCUUCGGGGUCCCAUCUGAGUGGGCUCAGCACCAGACGCUAGCCCACUACAACCAGACCAGCCAUCGCAUGGUGGUGUUUGCUCCAACUGAGAUGAAGGUGCAAGCACGGGUGAGUACGCUCAACGUCACUUGGCAACCCUCACCCAAUCACACAACCAUCUCCGGCUACAAGCUGUCCUGCCGAGAGGUGGGCGCUAAUGGGGAGAAGAUGAAGCAGACUCACGUGGUCAGGCUCCGCAAAAAGACCAAAUACCACCUCCUUACCGGUCUAGUUGCAGACCAACAGUAUGAGGUGAGAGUUUGGGCGUUCAUCAAGCAGAUAGAUGGCUCAGCAGCAGUUUGGAAAGGCAGAACAGAAAAGGCAGAUAAAGCUUCUUCACUACCGAUGCGACCGCCCCCGUUACCACCGAGCAGCAUUCAGGCAGUGGCCAACAGCUCCACAUCCAUUCGGCUCAGGUGGGAGAAACCUCGCUUCAGCACGGUGCGCAUCAUCAACUACACAGUGCGCUGCAGCCCGGCCGGAACCAUCAACGCCUCUCUGGUCACGUACCACACCAGUGCUGCUCAGGAGAUCCUGAUUGGAAAGUUGAAGCCUUACACCCGCUAUGAGCUGGCUGUACAGUCCAACGGCAUGGAUGCGGCAGGACCGUUCAGCAGUACAGUGGAGGAGUUCACGUUCUCUGACAGGCCGUCAUCUCCACCACAGGAGCUGCGACUCAAUGUUAUUGACUCAUCCUCAGUGCUGGUGAGCUGGCGCCCUCCGCUGGAGCCAAACGGUGCUAUCGUUGGCUAUAUUAUUUUGUACAGCAGCAACCUGAGCCAGCCCGAGCACACGUGGAGGAACCUCUCUCAGGAUGGCAGCAUCACUAAUGUUGAGGUGCGGGGUUUAUCAAGUGGCACCCAUUAUUUUUUCAAGCUGGGUGCAUCUACAGAAAUGGGCGCCGGGCCUUAUUCACAUGUAAAGGAUAUUCACACACCCCUCGAGCAGUAUGAGUUGGAUAUCCAUGCAGUGACGGGCAUCAUCGUUGGAGUGUGUUUGGGGCUCAUAUGCAUCCUCCUCUGCAUGUGUUUCAGUUUCCGCAACACUAAGACUCGGGAUGUAUCUGAGGGCUUGGACUCCACAGCUGUGACUCCCCAGUACAGGAGAGGAGCUUACCCCAGUCCAGCCCACGGCCCAGAGUGCAGUGAUUGGCAUGAGCUGGAGACACUAAUGCCCUCCACUGGCCAAGAAUCUGGCCAGUUGUCAACAGAAGCCCCCGAGGAGCACAGCCUGGUGAGCGCCAACACCAGGGAGGGUGGGGAUACCUCAGCACCUGAACCCAAGGAUGCUUGGAACGGCUCCGUUAGUCAUAACUGGGCCAACAGAAUCACCCAUUACAGAGACACUGUCACAAAAGACUCGCCAGGAUUCAUCGAUGGAGAACUCAACGUGACAAAUACGGAUUGCCCUAGUGCAUCCCUGUCAAAUAACCAGGUGGAGGCCGACGUCAUUGUCCACACAGAGGUCAUCGGAAAGGACCAAGAGAACAGUGGGCAGGCCAAGGAUUCCAAAGGCAACCAUGGACCUUCGUUAGGACAGAUUGAGGAGAACUCUCCUGGUAGACAUUCGCUGCAGGAUCCUUUGACAAAUCCGGCAGCCAACCACAAUUGGGAGUCGGAGCACAAAGCAGCGGAGGCGCUUCACGCCGAGCCAAAGCAGAACUCAGAACUGACCAAUGGCUUCCACUCCCCCAAGACGCCUCCCCUCGUGCCCAAAACAAGGGAAAAUGGGGACAUUCAACGCUGCCCUUCAGCACAAGCGAAGGCCAAGUCCGCAGGGCUCACCCCUGCCCCUUUUGUUCAUUCGGGCCUGGUCCACCCUACCUCACUAGCACACAGUUAUUUGUGCCCAUAA